GGCUUUUAAGCACAAAAGAGAUUAAAAUUUCUUCCUUCACAACACAUAUGUGUUCCAUAUUAAUUCUCCAUAACCCUCCAUAUUAUGUAUCAUAAAGAGAAUCAAAACAUGGAGAUAAGUCCAUACAAUACUUCAAAGAAAAAAACACACAUGAAGAAGUUGAACCAUCAAAACAAUAAUUUUAUUGUUCAAGAAGCUUCAACAAUAGACAUGAUGCAUACAUCAUCAAGCAAUAAUCAUCAAACAUCUUCAGAUUCAAGUGAGACAUGUCAUCAUGAUCAAGAUGGUAAAUGGUCUUCUAAACUUCUCAAAGAGUGUGCAAUAGCAAUAUCUAAUAGAGAUUCAUCCAAAAUUCAUCAUCUUCUUUGGAUGUUAAAUGAGUUAUCUUCACCUUAUGGAGAUAUUGAUCAAAAACUAGCUUCAUAUUUUCUACAAGCUCUUUUUUCUAAGGCAACACAAUCUGGUCAAAAGUGUUACAAAACUCUUUCAUCAAUUGCUCACAAAAACCAUUCCUUUGAUUCAUCAAGAAAAUUAAUACUCAAGUUUCAAGAGGUAAGUCCUUGGACAACUUUUGGACAUGUAGCAUCAAAUGGUGCUAUUUUAGAAGCUUUAGAAGGAGAGAAAAAACUUCACAUAAUUGAUAUUAGUAACACACUUUGUACUCAAUGGCCUACUCUUCUAGAAGCUUUAGCUACAAGAAAUGAUGAAACACCUCACCUUAAACUCACAAUUGUUGUCACAAAUAAUAUUUCUAGUGUUAUUGUCAUGAAAGAAGUUGGUCAAAGAAUGGAGAAAUUUGCUAGGUUAAUGGGAGUACCUUUUGAAUUAAAUGUUAUUAGUGGUUUGAAACAUUUAAGGGAGUUAACAAAAGAAAGAUUAGGAGUUCAAGAAGAUGAAGCAAUAGCUUUGAAUUGUGUUGGAGCAUUAAGAAGAGUUGAAGUUGAAGAAAGAGAAAAUUUGAUUCAAUUUUUCAAAUCUCUUAAUCCUAGAGUUGUUACAUUUGUUGAGGAAGAAGGUGAUUUUAUUAGUAAUGAUUUUGUUAAAUGUUUUGAAGAGUGUCUUAAAUUUUACACAAUUUAUUUUGAGAUGUUGGAAGAAAGUUUUGCACCAACAAGUAAUGAGAAAUUGAUGUUAGAAAGAGAGUGUUCAAGAAGCAUAGUUAGGGUUUUGGCUUGUGAUCACGAAUUCGACGAUAACGAUGAUGAUGAAGAUGGUGGUGAUGAUUGUGAGAAAAGAGAAAAAGGAACACAAUGGUUUGAAAGACUUAAGAAUGAAUUUUCACCUAGUGGAUUUAGUGAUGAUGUUGUGGAUGAUGUCAAAGCUUUGCUAAAAAGAUAUCAAAGUGGUUGGUCACUUAUUGUGCCUCAAGGAGAUGAUAAUCAAAAAGGAAUUUAUCUAAAAUGGAAGGAGGAAGUAGUUGUUUGGGCAUCAACAUGGAAACCCUAGAUGACUUAGUUAGCUAUAUAGCUUUCUUUCUUUGUGAAUUGAAUUAAUAUUUAUGUAAUAUUAUCAUAUUUUGUGGUAGCUAUAUAUCAAUCUAUAUGGCUAAUAAUUAUGUUAUAUAUACACAAAUAAAUUAAGGAUGAUGAUUUGGCCUGCUUUUGUGUGGAUAUAUAGCAAAACAUAUAUAUCUGGAUUUUUUCUUUUAACUUUCUUUCUUGAUUUGUAUACUUUGUAAUCUUUCUUCUGUCCAAACUUCUUUAAUUAAAGACUAUGGGAGUUUGUGUUGAUACAAGGCUCUUUACUUACAUGCACUUCUUAUUUUA